CCAGCGUCGACCGAUUCCUGCUCGGCUUGGCAACCUCUCCUUUGGAUUGCAAGAUUCACUUCUUUACAGCUCCUUUGCUGAGUCCUUUCCUUUCCGUUUUUUCUCCUUCGUCUGCAGCAAACUUCUCUUCGUCAACGCUUCCUAGCGCUGGACCAAGCCACUUAUACAACCAUCUUGUUUGUUGUUUGUUGUUAUUCGCCCGAAAACGAAACCUUUUCGCAACGCAAACCCGGCCGCUUUGAUUCCCCUCGCCCGACUGUCAGGUUUGAUCUCGACUCGCACGCGGUUCCCUGUCUCGAUCACUAUUCAGUUUCUUACGACUGGACCCUCGACGACAGCAGCUCGAACAUCUGGGCUUGGCUUGGCCUCUCCCGGAAGCGUCAGUUGCCUGUCGAGAGCAGACCAACGAGGGAACCCUGUGAAGCAGAAAACCCGGCUGUCCCUGCAGCACAAAGGAUAGGACCCCACGUGUGGCACUGUUCAUCAGCAAGCUUCGCCUCUACCGAAUCAAGGGACCCUUCUUUUUCAUCCCGUCGCUGGUGACGCCUUUAACCUCCCCAUCUGGCCGCCCUCUUGGAUUGCCACCUCACUCUUUCGAGGACCUUUCGAGGACACCGUCACUGCAUCUUGUCGUCUUCGAGCAUUUGGACCAAAGCCUGUCGCCCCUUGUGCGCAUCCUCUUCUUUGCCAAACCCCCCCGCCAUCUUGGUGGCUUCUGGAUUUCGGUUUCAGACGCGGCAAUACAUCUCGAGUCCCGUGUUUUGGCUGCGUACACAAAGCCACGGAUCGGCCUUCCCGAUCGCAACGCAAGCGCCCUUUGAAAUCACGCACAGAAACAAAGUAACUGUGCGGUCGUCGCCUCACUGUCGCACCGAAUCGCGCAAUCAGACGUACACAAAUCGGGAGCCUGCACCUUGCAUAUGUCCUGCAUCCUGCACUCGCUGCGUUUAAUCUUUUCUUCCCACACUCCUCUUGCUGCCUUUGUUUCAAUAGGAGAAGCAAACAAAUAGAAAGGCUCCUCCAUCAUCAACAAUCACACCAGCUCCAGCAGCUUCCAUUCCCAGACAAUAUCUGUCCACCAUCAAAACCACCAUUCCCCUACAGCUAGCUGUUUUGCAGCUGGUCUUCUCCCACUAUCCACAUCACAACAGUCACCAUGUCUAUCACUCGUGCCUUCACAAGCCGUCGGGUGAAGCAGAGCCUAGAGCUGCGCGAUGCGGCUGAGGGUGUCGUCUCGAGGGGCAAUACACACAAGAGCUCUCCCUCCCUUGGCUCCAUCAGGAACAAGAUCUCUGCCCCUGUGCAGCUGAUCUCGACGACAAACAUGCUCUCGUACAACGCCCCCGACAUCCGCCCCAAGAUCAACUCGGCUGCUUCGACAAAUUCGUCCAAGACGGAGUCAGACUCGGACAGCGCACCCAGCCUCGAAUCGCCUGGGAGUACACCUCCCACCAGCCCAGACUCGCCCUUCAUCAACAUCGCCAAGAGGCCUUCAUCGCCCGAGCCUAACCAUCUCUCGUGCUACUUUGCCCCUCCUGGCCAGGCCGCGAACGCGCCUGCCCCGGCCCAGGCGCCUGUCAUCCCCACCAGAGCCCCAUCGCACACCAAGAAGAACUUUGACAUCUUGACUCGUCACAAGUCGUCCUCGCGCCUGUCGGAGCAGUCAGGCCGGACCGUCUCCUCCAAGGGUAGCUUCUCCUUCUCCAGGUCCUCGUCCACCUCGACCAACACGACCACGACCUCGCAAUCGGCCAGCUUCAGCAACUCCAAGGCACCACUCCCUCCCAUCACGCAGACGCCCCUCCCAGCGCCGCCAUCGCCGCCGCGGGCGCAGAGGAAGGAGCCGUCGGCCGCGUCGCCUGGCCAUCCCUUCGGGAACGAGCUGGCCAGGGUGACGGAGCUUGCCGAGGAGUUUGGCGGUAAAGCCGUGUCGAGCCAGGUCCUGCGCCAAGAAGAGACGGAGCUUCUCAACAAGGGCUACAAGAAGUUCAACCCCGAUUCCUACGUGGACGACGUCCAAGGUCUCUACAGCGACUUCUUCGCCGAGGAUAAGGCGACCAGGCCACUAUGGAUCUAACUCAGAUUGAACCUGAGCGGGUAUCUGAAACGUAUCGGCAGUCGACCUCGAUAUAAACAUGAUGCUCUUUGCACGUAUGGUUUCCUUGGGAUUUGCUAAAAAAAAAACAAUCAGGCUAGGGCUUUUCCUUUUUGUUGGCUGGUCACGAGACACAUUUCCUCGUCGCAGCUUGUCAUCGUGGGAAGGGCGGCGUUUACUUUCAUGGGCGCGACGGACGGGCUCAUUUGAGUGUUUUACAGAGGGUGGCGGUUUUUCCCCCCUUCAUUCUUCUUCUUUCUCACGUUGACUCUUCUUCUCUUUCUACAGUUUUUGAUAUCCCCAUGCCUCGGAACCGGCAGCAUUUGCUUUUCUUUUCUUCUAAUUCACGACUAUCCUUUACACACCUUUAGCUUCUUCACGCCCUGCGCGGCGCCAUUAUGAUAUGCAGAUAUCGCCCUUUACAGGAUCUCUAUACUUACUUAUGCACACGCAAAACAAAUUUCCUUUUUUUUCUCGUCACAUUGACGAUCCGAUGCUUUGCUUCUUGCUUUUCAUCCGUCAAGUGUCGGAACGGGAACAAUCUGGUUUGUGGUGAGGGGGUAAUUGAACCGGAGGGUUAUGCACAUGCACAAGGGAAAACGCUGACGGCAUCUUGCAGUUUCGCAGACGAGUCUGGUCUGAUUGCUCACUUGCAUAUGUCACGGCACGAUCGGCGGUGUCAAGUUGCGGUUUCGCGGAGGCCCCGUCCUCAUACGACCCGCGUCUUUUUUAUCCUGUUUGUUGUUGCCGCUCCAUGCAGCCAGAAGAAUGAAUUCGCGGGUUGAUUCCUGAGCGUGUUGUGGUGUGUGUGUGUGUGUUCUGUGCUCUGUGCUCUGCGCCCCGUCUGUCUC